AUGUUGAACCUGCAUAAACUUUGGUUACUAUCGUGUCUCGGUGUUAUUGUUGUCAUAAUUUUAUACUUUCAAGCAGAAAUAGCUCAUCUAGAGGAAAGUUAUCGCAAAUUAGAAUACAAAUUAACACAAAAUCAAUUUAAUUCGCGUCAGUUUAAUCCGAAUAUAUUGCAAAAAGACGAUAAUAAUGACUUGAUAGUAAUAUAUAAUCGUGUCCCAAAGACUGGGUCCACUAGCUUUGUGGGUGUAGCAUACGAUUUAUGUAAGAAAAACCAUUUUAAAGUGCUACAUAUAAAUAUAACAGCAAACAUGCAUGUGAUGUCUCUUAGUAACCAGUACAAAUUUGCCCAGAAUGUGACAAAAUGGCAGGAAAUGAAACCUGCUCUAUAUCAUGGACAUAUGGCAUUCUUAAAUUUUGAAAGGUUAGGUACAUCAUCUAAACCCGUGUUUAUCAAUUUAAUAAGGAAGCCAUUAGAUAGGCUGGUUUCAUAUUAUUAUUUCUUACGGAAUGGAGAUAAUUUUAGACCACAUUUGGUACGAAAGAAACAUGGGGAUAAAAUGACUUUUGACGAAUGUGUGGAGAAGAGUCAGCCAGACUGUGAUCCUAACUCUAUGUGGCUACAAAUACCAUUUUUCUGUGGCCAUGCCGCACAAUGUUGGAAACCAGGUAACCAGUGGGCAUUGCAACAAGCAAAACAUAAUCUAGUCAACCACUACCUUGUAGUGGGUGUUACUGAGGAGAUGUUAGAUUUUAUAUCAGUCCUAGAAUCUGCUCUGCCUCGUAUGUUCAAAGGCGCUACCGAGCAUUACUUAAAUAGUAAUAAAUCGCAUCUGAGACAAACAAGUUCGAAAAUCGAUCCGGCUCAGAGCACCAUAGAAAGAAUUCAACAAUCGACUAUUUGGAAAAUGGAGAACGAGUUGUAUGAGUUCGCAUUAGAACAUUUUAAAUUUGUUAAAAGGAAAGUGUUAAUGAAAGAAGCUUUGAGUGUGCCACAAACUUUCUUUUAUGAGAAGAUCCGACCGAAAUGA